AUGGUCAUAACUAAGUCCCUUAAAAAGAUGUUAGAGCAAAUACGACAAAUAAAGGCACUGCUCAUGUUCAUGCUCAUGAGGAUGAAGAUAAAAGAGAAGGUAAAAGCUAUUUAUGAGGGGAUUGACAAACAGUUUGUGGAACAAUUCGGGUUUCGAAUAAAAGAAACGACUUUCGAGAACUUGGUGAAUUAUUUACAUGCGCCCAAAGAUUCUUCAAGCUUAGCUGUUACCAGAAUAUUCUAUGGACUUGCGAUGCUCUUCGACAUCCCCGACGAACGAGGAGGAACGAUCAUGGACCGCCGUUGGGGAGAUCCAAACAUGUGCCACUUCCCUCUGUUCCCCUUCAUAAGGGCCCUUCCCAUGCCCUACAUGGCUCUAGUCUACGCCGCACUAUGGAUCGGAGCCCUAGGCAUUAUGUUAGGCUACAAGUACCGGUUCACCUCUAUCAUGUUCACGACGUGCUAUUGGUAUCUGUUCCUGAUUGAGAAGAGCUUCUGGAAUAACCACAGCUAUCUGUUCGGAUUGGCUGGGUUGCUGCUUUCGUGUACUCAGGCGCAUUGUUUCUGGUCCAUUGAUGUCUACUUGGACCCAUCCAAAUUAAAAACUACAGUCCCAUAUUGGAAUUAUUUUGUGCUCAAAUAUCAGUUCUUCAUCCUCUACUUCAUGGCUGGUAUGAAGAAGGGAACGGCAGAAUGGUUGACCGGAUAUUCCGUUCAGAACCUCAGCGAGCACUGGGUCUUUGAACCGUUCAAAUUUUUCCUAACAGUACCACAGAUCGACUACCUGAUAGUCCACUGGUUCAUAUUCGUGUUUGACCUGACAGUGGCUGUGUGGAUGAUGUGGUCUCGCACCAGACACGUCGCUAUGGUCUUCUGUGCCAUGUUCCAUCUUAUGAACAGUCGACUGUUUAGGAUCGGUAUGUUCCCGUGGGUUUGUCUGGCGACAAUGCCUCUAUACUAUCCUUUCAACUGGCCAAAACAAGUCCUCCAUUUUCUAAAGAAACAAUUUGUCAGACUAAGAACAAUUAUAUGCAGUCUUAAUUGUAUUAACAGUAACAAAAUGUCAUGCAACUGCAAUGUAAAAGACGGACAGUUUAAUGAUAAAGAUGGUAGUGGCGAAAAAGAUAAAGAUACUAAAACAAUCGAUGAUCAACACAAAUUGAGUCAUGAAUUCGUCGGAAACUGCGAUGAGUUAAUGAAAGAUGAAGAGAGAAGUCAUCAAGAAGAUAUCAAAAACAUCACGGAUACAACGGAACAGACGCGUGACAAAACCAAUGAACACGAUGUAAAUACCCAAAAAGCGGAUUUAACACGUCAAGAAUGUGAAGUCAAAUGCGACGUCAUUAAAUCUCAACGCAAAGACUGUAACCGCAAGAAACUAACGACUAGUUUAAUUAUAUUCUACGUUGUAAUACAAGCGUUCUUACCUUACUCGCAUUUUGUAACAAAAGGUUACAAUAACUGGACCAGCGGACUCUACGGCUACUCUUGGGACAUGAUGGUGCAUACUUGGGACACCCAUUCGGUCGUCAUCCAGGUCGUCGACAACGAAAACUUGAAGGAAUAUUACUUGGACCCCAGCGUCUAUACACCGAAUGACAGAUGGACGAGACACGGCGACAUGAUCUACCAAUACGCCCACUGCUUGAAGGAAAACUUGGUGAAGAAAAUUAAAACGCAAGAAGAACCAAAGAUGUCUACGAACUUGUCUAUCUAUGUGGAAGUGUGGAGUUCCAUGAACGGUAGAUUUACUCAAAGGAUGUUUGACUCAAAAGCAGAUUUGCUCAAAGUGUCGUGGUCACCUUUUGAAAGGCUGUCAUUUCUAAUGCCGAUUUUAGACGAAGCGCUACAUUGGAGAAGUACGCUGCAGGAAAUAACUGAUGAUGUACAUUCCUGGACUAAUGGUAGUGACGUCGUGUUUAUCGCUGAUUUUCCAAAUUACGUCCAAGUAAAAUACAUGCCAAUGGAACUAAAGAACAUUUCGCUAACAGUGUUGGAAGGUGACGUCGCUUAUGAAACAGAAGUCACCAGUUCGCAUAAUGGACAGACCUAUAGGCUAACCAGUGGAAACCGGAUUGGAAUAGAUUCUGGAUUAUUCCAUAGAGUAUUGAACAUUGGAGAAAACCCCGCUUACUAUAUGUACACGUUUGUGAAUAGUACUGACGUAAAUAACGAUGCAAACAUGAAAAUAAAACCUAAACUCCCUAUUAUUUCCGAACUGUAUGUAAGAUUUCGAAGUAUGUUAAUAUUCGCUGUAAUAAUAGGUAAAAGUGUAAUACAAAUAUUGUUUGGGUGUAACGGUAACUGUUAAUAGGCAAGUAUAAUAAAACUAAAAUAUAUAUAAUUUUAUUUUGUUAAAUACGCAAUACCAUAUUCAGAAUUUAUGGUACCUACCCGGUUUCUUACUUCCCAUUUCAUGAUGUUACAAUAAAUAAACGUAGUUUCUUGAUUUAUUCGUAAUACUUAAUAACAAAUUAUACUUUUGACCUUUCCAUGUCUAUUGUCCGCAAUACUUAAGUACUUUGUAUGAUAUUAUAAUACCACCUAUUAUUAUGAAAUAUCUAUUUCUGUUAUUUUUUCCAAGUGAAUGUGCAAAA